UGUAUUUACUUUUUUUCUUGUGUUUUUCUUUUUUUUUUAUUUUUUUUUGGUUUUUGUUCUCGAAAGAUGUUGUGUGUUUUUUUUUUUUGAUAAUUAUAAUAAUGAAAAAUAAAAGGCUGAAUUAUUAAUUUUUUGUUUUAAGGGUAUUUUAACUGUCAUUCAAAAAAACUUAUGUAAUAAGUUUGUUUUUAUGACUGGAAUAUUUCCUUUCAGUCAAAAAACCAAGAGGAACUACGUUUUCUAGCGCAGUGAUAGUUCAAUUACCUAGAAAGCAGGAGAUUCGUGAUUCAAUUUCAAAUGAAGAGGGAUUGUCUUUUUUUCUCCGUUUUAUUGUCAUUCGAUCUCGCUGACAAAAACUUUUAACAUUUGCUCUUGAUCAUUUUUUUUUGUGAGAAGUGUCAAUAAAGGAUAUCUCUUUUAUAGAAUUAAAUUAAUUAAUAUUAAAUAAAUCUACAUACGUGUUACAUUUCUUUAAAAAAUUUUGCAAUAAAAUCGAUCAUUCUCAUGUCUUACAAAAGGUAAGCGCAAAAUAUUACUUUUAAAAGAUACUCGUAUUGACAGUGAAGAAAAUAAGAUUUGACGUGUCACAUAAUAUAGGCGAGUAAAUAUUGAAUGUGUUCUUUACUGCAAAUUCUUUUUUCUAGAAAUUCUGAUAUAGCAAAAAGAAUACGUGUAUCUAUAAUUAAAAAUAGUCAUUAUGUUCUUAAUCAAUAUUUGUAUGGGCUAUAUCUUGAUUGUGGACAUUUUUUUUCGACUUAUUAAGGAAAAAUGUCCGCAAUCAAGAAUCAGGGAGAGAGAGGAAAAAAUGUCCGCAAAGCAGAAUCAGUAGGAGAGAAAAAGAACGAUUGAAUUGUGGAAACAAGACAGGAUUUAUUAAAUGAAAAAAAUUACAGGAAAAUCAAUGUUGAAAAAUAGUUGCAAAAUCUAAAUAGUUUUAAGUUCAUAAUCAUAAUCAUCUUUGUUCAUACUCGGCAUUUUUAUCUAAUUCAUUCCCUUUUAUCUUCUUCGGUUUAAAUACUAUUAUUCACAAUGUAUUUUUAAAGGCGACCUAGAUGACAUGUGAAAACGAACUGUAGACAACCUCGAACAGGUUGAUUUUCUUCCAUUCAACUAUCUAAAUCGAUUAUCUUACUAUUAGGGAAGAUGUAAAGAGGUUUUAAUUGUUCCUUUUUUUGCUUCUUUAUAUUAAUCAAUCAUAUAUUUGACCCCACUCUCUCUGGGAGAAUGCCCGCACAUACAUACAUAUAUAUAUAUAUAUAUUCUUCUAUCCAGGGAAAACAUAUAGAAAAGUAAAUAGCGGUGGAUGACUAGAUAUAAUGAUAUCAUAGAACAAACAAAAGAUAUAUCUAGUCAUCCAAAGAAAUAUAAUCAGUUAAAAAUGAUAUAGCUAUAAGAAAAAGAAAACAAAAGAGACCUGUAUAAGUGAAAUAUAGUGAAAACGAUGUGAAGGGCAGGCUAGUAACAGUCACCCCUUCUUCAAAAGAUAUGUGUCCUCACGCUUAAAAGUGUAACAAAAAAUGAAGAAAACUAUAACAAAUAAUAACAAAAAAAACACUACUAUAUAUGUUUAAUAAUAUGAUCCAAUAGAUAACAAAAAGAGAGAAAAAGAAAAAAAUAUACGUAUAUGUAUAUAUAAAUAAAAGAUGUUUUUUCUUUUUUAUUGAUUUCCGUCGAGAUGGAGUUUUUUUUCCAAAUUCGAUAAUAAUGUUCUUUAGUGAAUAAGCCAUUAUGUAAUAUUUAGUCGACUUCUUUUUGUAUUUGUUCAUUUUUCAUGUCCAAAAAUAAUGUAUUGUCAACGACAUUUAAGUUUCUAUAAUAAAUAUUCAUAAAAAUUAAUAUUUUCUUAAUGUUGGUGAUGGUAGAUUUGUGAUAAAUUCGUCGAAUAACUUCAAAUCUAUAUCUUAUUGCUUGUUUCUUUUUAUUUUUCCUUUGGUUUCUUGUUAAUGAUUCAUGUUGUUGAGAUUGAAAGGAUCUUGUUGUCGUAUAUUGUUCAAUAUCAUCAUCUGAAAUUAUUUAAAUUUCAUUUAAGGGUUCAUCUUGACCAUAAACCCUUUCUUGAGGUUCACUUAAAUGAUGUUGUCUCCAUGAUAAAUGUCAUUUCAUAAUUCCUGGUAAUGAAAUAUCACCAAUAUCAUUAUCACCUAUCAUUUCAUAAGGUUCAUCUCGUACAUGAACCCCGAUUAAUGAAUUUUGUUUUAGUUCAACAAGAAAUACAAAUUCAUCAUCACAUCAUGAAAGUCGACCAAAAUAUAUUUCAUCAUUAGAAAAAUUGGACGAACGAACGAAAAAUUAGCAACCUGAACGAGUACGAGAAAAAAAUCGAUUAAAACAACUCCAUGAACAAGGUAAAUCUGAUCUUUUCCGACCCUUAUCUUCUUAUAGGUAUUAUCAUAUUCACAACAAUGUGCCCAGUGAUUUACUUGAUGAUUUAAUUGAUUAUGCUGAAGUAGUAAAAUAUUACACCAUUGACUAUGCAUUAAAUGAUUGUCUCAGUGUUACGAAAUUAAUGAAUAAAUUACCAUCACCAACCAAAUUUUCAACAUCAAAAAUAACACCAAAUGAUAUAUUUACACUUAAUUAUUAUGAGGAAGAAUAUGAUGAUGUAUCUUCAUCUGAUGACACCAAUUAUCAUGUUGAAAUGAAUGCACUAGAUGAUGAAUUAACAUUAAAAGAUGAUGAUAUUCUUGAUGAACUAAAACAAAAUUCAUUAAUCGGGGUUCAUGUACGAGAUGAACCUUAUGAA